AUGCCCCCCAAACAAGAUCUGAAGGAUCCCAAUUUCUUUUUCAUGGAAGGAGAAACGAUCGAGUCAAUGGACGAGUUGGUGCAGUUGAUGCUCAAUCGCAUGGACCCCAACCAUCCAGCCAGCGCCUUCUUCUAUAAAGAACAGGCAACGAACCCUGAAUUCCGCGCGUCACUGCUCCAGAUUCUGUGCAACAAGUUCAGCAAGCCGAUCGUUGACAUGAUACCCCCGGCUCGUUGGACAGAAGAUAAGGGAAUCCUGAGCUUCCUCGACGACGGGCGACAGAGAAUGUUGGUUCCGCGGGGUACCAAGUCUAUCGCUGAUGUCGAUAUUUCUCAAACUCUGGAGGGCUGGAAGCCCACCACAUACUACCCAACUGGACCUUCAAUCUCACAGCUUUGCCAGACGUGCGGCUCCAUGGAGAACAUACGAUCUUGCAGCGGAUGCAACUUGAUUCGCUAUUGCUCUAAGGAGUGUCAGCGCGCCGACUGGGGAUUUCAUAAGCGGUAUUGCAAGCGGACUGCGGGCCUCAUUCCUGCAUGGUGCGCUAGAUUGGAUACGAUGAGAUCUGAGGAAACCAAGAAGUUUAAGAAGGACCAACAACCCGAAGGAGACAUGAAGGUUAGGGAAGGUGACAAGUCCAAGCAGGAUGGAGAAAUCUGA